UCACAUGACCAGGUCACGUGACCAGCGUCUGCUGUCAGUUUGCUCCGUAGCAGCUAGCAAACUACACCGAGCAUCGCAGGCGUUCUCUGGUCUUCUUUAUCAUCAUGGCAACACUGGUGGCAAACAGAGCUAUGGAUGUGAACGGCUUGGCAGCUGCGAGAACCCACGGCCAGGCCGUGACCAGGAAUUACAUCUCUCAACCGAGGCUGACAUAUUCCACCGUGUCAGGGGUAAAUGGACCUUUGGUGAUCCUGGAUAAUGUGAAGUUCCCCAGAUAUGCGGAGAUCGUUCACCUGACGUUGCCAGACGGCACCAAGAGGAGUGGACAAGUGCUGGAGGUGAUCGGCAGCAAGGCCGUGGUCCAGGUAUUUGAGGGGACGUCAGGCAUUGAUGCCAAGAAGACGGCCUGCGAGUUCACCGGGGAUAUUUUGCGAACCCCCGUGUCAGAAGACAUGCUGGGUCGCGUGUUCAACGGCUCUGGCAAACCCAUCGACCGUGGGCCCACUGUUCUGGCCGAGGACUACUUGGACAUCAUGGGUCAGCCCAUUAAUCCUCAGUGCCGUAUCUACCCCGAGGAGAUGAUCCAGACUGGCAUCUCAGCCAUCGAUGGCAUGAACAGCAUUGCCAGAGGACAGAAGAUCCCCAUCUUUUCUGCUGCAGGGUUGCCUCACAAUGAGAUCGCCGCGCAGAUCUGUCGCCAGGCCGGUCUGGUGCAGAAGUCCAAGGACGUGAUGGACUACAGCGCUGAGAACUUUGCCAUCGUUUUUGCAGCUAUGGGGGUCAACAUGGAAACUGCUCGCUUCUUCAAGUCCGACUUCGAGGAAAAUGGCUCCAUGGACAACGUCUGCCUCUUCCUGAACCUGGCCAACGACCCCACCAUUGAGCGUAUCAUCACCCCCCGCCUGGCCCUGACCACAGCCGAAUACCUGGCGUACCAGUGUGAGAAACACGUGCUGGUCAUCCUCACCGACAUGAGCUCCUACGCUGAGGCUCUGAGAGAGGUCUCUGCUGCUCGGGAGGAAGUGCCCGGCCGCCGAGGGUUUCCCGGCUACAUGUACACUGACCUGGCCACCAUCUACGAGCGUGCGGGGCGGGUGGAGGGCAGGAACGGCUCCAUCACUCAGAUCCCCAUCCUCACCAUGCCCAACGACGACAUCACCCAUCCCAUUCCUGAUCUGACUGGAUACAUCACAGAGGGCCAGGUCUACGUGGACAGACAGCUGCACAACAGACAGAUCUACCCACCCAUCAACGUGCUGCCGUCCCUGUCCCGUCUGAUGAAGUCUGCCAUCGGUGAAGGGAUGACCAGGAAGGACCACGCCGACGUGUCCAACCAGCUGUACGCCUGCUAUGCCAUCGGGAAGGACGUGCAGGCCAUGAAGGCCGUGGUGGGAGAGGAGGCCCUCACCCCCGACGACCUGCUCUACCUGGAAUUCCUCCAGAAGUUUGAGAAGAAUUUCAUUGCUCAGGGUCCCUACGACAACAGGACGGUGUACGAAACCCUGGACAUCGGCUGGCAGCUGCUGCGAAUCUUCCCCAAGGAGAUGCUGAAGAGAAUUCCCCAGAGCACCCUGGCCGAGUUUUACCCCAGGGAGUCUGCUGCUCGCCACUGAGGAACUCUCUGGAACCCUUCCUUCAUCCAGCCCAGUCCUCACCUCUCAUUCUCUCUGCUCUCUCUUCCCCAUCAAUCAGCCAGACUCUCCUCCACUGCCCUAAAUGAGAAGAUUAUGUAGACGUACCGUAGUGUAUCUGUGCUCUGAAAGUGUCUGUGGUUCCAAAAGUGAACAUAUCGUAAAGAUUUUAGAUCAGUCCUUAUUUAUUCGGUUGUGUUACUGCUGGAUCUCAAUCAACUUUGUUUCCUCCCACUUGAAGAAAGAACGAGGCAUGUGCAGUUUCAUGAGAAGCUUCACGUACGACACCAUGUUAUUGGCUGGAGACCAGGAAAGCAUCUUAAACGUUCUCUCACACAGAAGGGCCAUAAGUAACGAUAGAUAAUUACUGUACCAGUAUUUCAGUCUUUCUUCUCAUGUGGCUCAUCAUUGCUUCCUCUCAGAUCAUAGUAAAAGUUUACAUUCUUUGUGUUUUUGUUCAUGAAUAUAAGAAAAUAUAUGAGUAUAGUGAACAUUCCCAGGUGUCUGCAGGAACUGAAUCUUUGUUCUGCAACCAUAAUGGUUUUGUGAGUGUAUGUGUCUGAAUAAAUUAAAAUGUAAAA